AUGUACGCCGCUCAGAAUAUAACGCCAACAGUUUUGGAUGCCAUGAACGGAAAUGUUUCCGAAUGGUAUAACGAAUGCGACAAUGCCAUUAGAAGGUCAGAAAUAGUUCCUGGAACUUACGAAUAUACAACUGCUGUUUCUUAUGGAAACGUAGGUGAGUUUGGAGAAGGUUCUUCAACAACAGUAGAUAUUGCUUGCGACAGGUUUCAUAUUAUUUCUAUUGACAACUCAUUCUUAUACGUGGAACAAGACAUUGAAAUAAAACCUUCUGCCAAGUUGUCUGACAAGAAAGGUUGCAAUGGAAUUUUCUAUGUCGGAUACCAAUAUGCUCCAGAAGUUUUCAUGGGAUAUAAGAUAUAUUCUAACUCUGACUUAGUUCAAACAGUAACAUGGGCAAACUAUGAAUGGUUCGCUUUGAGAAACUCAGUACAACCACAAGCUAGAGAACAAACAGACCAGUAUGCAAAUAUUGAGAAAAUAAGAAGACUUGACCCUAACGUUCCAGGAGUUUAUGUUAACCUUUCUGGACAAACUGCAGCAGCAGUAACCAAAGUAAAACUGAAACUUAGAGUUCCUUUGUCAUCUUUCCUCAUCUUCAGGUUUUUAAGAUACUUGCCAAACUGGGCAGGAAAAAUUUCUAUUGAACUUACUCCAAGCAAAAAUAACUUAGUCAUUGCACCAACACAAGACCCAUUCACUAUUACAGACGUAAAGGGAACAAAUCAAACGUCAUUCGCCGAAUUUUGCAAAGACAAAGUUGACUUAGACUUUGGUUUCUCAAACUUCAACAAUGAAGUAAACUAUUAUUUCAAUGCUGCUGGAACUGCUUGGGACCCAGUUAAGUUUACAUGCGAAAA